ACAUUCUCUGUCCUGUCCUAGAUUUAACUCACUUUUUAGUAAAUUCUAGUUAUAAUUGACUCUUUUGCUUCUUUCUUAUUCUUACUUACUUUAUGUUACUAUUGAAUUUUCAUCUCAAUUUGGUCUAGUUUGUAUGUGUAUAUAUAUAUAAUGGAGAAAUUCUUAAUAAGGGAGACAAGUUGGAUAAUAUAAUGAAAAAGUAAGGGCAAAAAAGGGAGUGAAGAAGUAGAAAAAGCAGCCAAUUUGGAAAGGUUAUAACUCAAAUUUCCAAGGAAUAAAAUUGGUAAGCCAAGGCCAAGCAAAGGCAUGUGGGCUUUUAAUUUUGUAAACCCAAAUUGUAUUCUGUGUUAUGUUUUUUUUUUUUUUUUUUUUUUUCAAACUUGAAAUCGCCACCAAAAGCCAUGGUUUUAGCCUCCCACACCCAAUCCGAUUUGCCUUUUAAUGAGAACGAUUCUCAGGAUAUGGUCAUUUACCAAGUUCUAAACGCCUCCAUGUCUUCCGAUUCUACCCUUCCCGCCGCCGCCGCUGACCAGCCCAACUCCAACGCCAACGCCCCCCGCCGCCUCAAUUCCCCCGUUCGAACCAUUGCCAAGAAGCAUUACAGAGGGGUCCGCCAGCGCCCUUGGGGUAAAUACGCCGCUGAGAUACGUGACUCCACCCGACACGGCGCCCGCGUCUGGCUUGGAACCUUCGCCACCGCCGAGGAGGCUGCUUUGGCUUAUGAUACUGCCGCUUUCAAUAUGAGAGGCUCUAAAGCACUUCUUAAUUUUCCCCCGGAAGUGGUGGCAGCGGCGGCGGCUGCAGCGGCGACGACAAGGAAUUUCCCACCGUCGAAGAGGAAGCUUAACGCUGAGCCGAGUGGUAGUAGCUCUAGCAACAUUUCAAUGGCGACAUCAAGAUCAGAAUCAGAUAGCAGCGCUCCUGAAUAGACUUGGCUAAAAAUUUGUAAUGUUACUUGCUAAUUACCAUCCAUUAUUGUUUGUCUCUCUUUCUCUCUCUCUCCUUUUUGUGUAUAUAUAUUUGAUGUUUCGAUUUUUAAUUAUGUUUUGGGAAAUAGAACAGUAGUAGACAAAUUUGAUUGGAA